AUGUUCAAUGAGUCGAGUCUUGAAGAUGAUUAUGUGCCGAACUCGGAUACGUCAAUAGUUUUCAAGCAAUUGAUGAAACUACCAAUAACCACAUUAUACGAUCUUACGUUGUCAUGGUUCGCCAAGUUUGGCGGAUCAUUCGAUGGUGACAUAAACCUAUUAACUGAGACGCUAGAUCUGCUGAUUGAAAAAGGCAUAAAGCGCAAGGUCAUAGUAAAUAGGAUAUUAUACAUGUAUUGGCCUGAUGGCCUCAAUAUUUUCCAGUUAGCUGAGAUAGAUUGCCAUCUAAUGAUUAGUAAACCCGAUAAAUUUAAGUGGCUUCCGUCAAAAGCUUUUCAAGGUAACGGAAAACCUUACGUAGUACAGCUCCAACCUGCAAAAUUCAUAGAAGACUUACAGGCAGAUCUGGGAAAAAUUUACCCUUGCCAUGUCUAUUUGUUCAAACAUCCUUCAUUACCCACUUUGAUAACCAGAAUACAGUUAUUUAAUAGUAACAAUCUGUUUCUAAACUCUUCUAAUAUAGGAAAUAUCAACAAGGAAUCUCUUUAUAGCAAAUUGGAUAGAGCACAAACUAAAGCAUUAAUAUCAAGGAAACCAUAUUACGUCGCAUUCCCUUUAAACUCUCCUAUGAUAUUUCACUCUGCAGAUAAGGAUAUUUAUGCUAGACUGAUAUUGCAAAGUAUUAGUCGAGCCAUAUCAGAAAGAGAAACAAUUAUUUUCAAACUAAUACAAAAAAUACCGAUAAAGUCAAUAGAUAGUAUGCUUAUUUCAAUGGGACCUUCAAGAUUUGCAGAGUCUAUGGGCCCUUGGAAAUGUUAUGCUGAUGCUAAUUUCGAACACUCGCCAUUGCACGAUUAUGAAAAGCACCAGGGACUUACGGGCAAAAAAGUACUAAUACGAGAUUUUGAUGACUCGUUUUUAAGUAGCGAUGUGGGAUUCAAUGGGACUGAAGAACCCGAGAUCAGACAGCUCAGGUUAGAAAAAAACAUGGUUAGAUUCAAAGGCUCAACGAAAGGUAUAAUAGACGAAAAAUAUAACACCUUGAAAGAAUUCAAUGAACGUGUUCACAACAUUAGUAGGGGGAAGAAAGACGCAUUCUCAAACGAUGCUGUGUAUAUUUCCAGGUACACUUCAUUAGUACCUGUUGAAAAAGUAGGCUUCACUUUAAAGAAGGAGUUUAACAAUAGAGUAAUUACAAUAAAAUUCAAAUUCCGUGGGAACGAUGUUUUUGGCGGAUUGCAUGAACUGUGUGAUAAAAAUUUAAUAAACGUUGAAAACAUCCCUGGGUGGCUAGCUGGUGAAAACGGAUCCUUUUCAGGAACAAUAAUAGACGGAGGAUUUGUGCAAGAGCAGGUUGAUAAAGGUGGGUUGCUAUAG